AUGAAUUUCAGGUUACGAGCUAACAGCUGGCGCGCUCCAACAACACGUCGCCGCGCGAACGACUCAGAAAAAAAAGCGGGAGAGGAAAUGACCGAGAGUGUGCCUUCAGGAGAGGAAAUGACCGAGAGUGUACCUUCAGGAGAGGAAAUGACCGAAAAUGUACCUUCAGCAGAGGAAAUGGCCGAUGUGCCUUCAGCAGAGGAAAUGACCGGGAGUGAGAAAAAGGCGAAUACCCGUCCAAGAAUGAUUUAUGAAGCAGAAUAUUUACGUCAAAAGAAGGCUGAACUCAGCCGUGAAGAAAGAGAAGCACUGUGUCGGGAGAACAUGCAGAAGGAAUACAUCUGGACUCAGUCUAAUCGGUCCCGAAAAACUUUCACUAGUGUGCUGGCAUGUCUCCGUGAGUGCUGUACACAACUACACCUCGGUAAUAAGUGUGAUCUACGAUUAGGAGUUCCCGUCUCACAGCCUGUAGCAGAAAGGCACUUUUUAGCCUGCAAAAAUGGAUCUGAUGCGCUGAAGGCUUAUGUGACGCUUCUUGGUGACAAUGUGAUACAAGCAGAAGUUGUGUACAAAAGUCCGAAGUCUCCAGGAGGUGUCUCUAGAUCGGUUGCACAGCCAGACGUUCAAUGGAAAUUGCAGCAGUUACAGGAUUUGGGAAAUCAUAUUGCUCGUGCCUCAGUACAGUCAUGCGAAGUCGAUGCUCGAUUAGCAGAGCUUUCUCAGUCACGAAAAUUCACUUUGGAAACUGGUGAACUGAUUUUAUCGGCUGCACGUCAAAUCAAGGAGGAAAUACUGAUAGCACGAGCAGCGAUCGUACUACCAAGAAAAAAGUCUCUAUUGGAGUUGUAUAACUUCCCUCCUACGCGUCGCUUCAACCCACCUUUGCCGCAGGAUCAGUUACUGUCGUUCUACAUAUCGAGCUGCAAACUUGUUUGUGCAUCGUAUCAAAUGGUAUCGAAACAAACUUCCCCUCAAGGACUGUCGAUUACGGUAUCAGAAUGCCAGUUAGCCUAUCUAGAAGAGGUGUUGCAGCAACUGGACCUGGUUUUGGCGCACCUACAGAGAUUGAUAGACGACUUAGAAGCAUGCAGAAUACCGCGGCGAUGA